AAUUGCAAAACUGGGAAUCAAUAUAUACACACAGAUAUGGAAAUAGGAGAGAAGGAAAAUCUACACACAUAUGGAAGAUUGAAGCGCGAUCGCGAGUCAGAGGUAAUAUAGAAAUAGGGCAAAUCUAACUGACAGGAAGAUCUCUCUGCGAGAAUCUCAAGCAGUCGGGAGUGGGGAUUUGUAUUCAAUCCAAUCAAGCCCGAGGAACAAUUGUGAUGGAACGGCAUUUCACCUCCUUCAGCUUUUUGUUGAUUCAUGGUCUCUUCUUCCCAACGUCGCCGCGUCUUUGUUGGGAACAUACCCUACGAUGCUACAGAGGAACAACUCAGAGAAAUUUGCAGGGAGGUUGGACCUGUUGUUUCGUUCAGAUUAGUUAUCGAUAGAGAAACCGGGAAACCUAAAGGGUACGGGUUCUGCGAGUACAAGGACGAAGAGACUGCAUUGAGUGCUCGUCGUAAUCUUCAGGGUUAUGGGAUCAAUGGUCGUCAACUCAGAGUUGAUUUUGCGGAGAAUGACAAAGGAGCUGACAGAAAUCGUGAACAGGGUCAUGGAGGGUCUGGAUUACCCACUACUGCUGGUUGUAGUUUUUCACACACUAAAUUAUUAAUGAUCUCAAUUACCUUUGGACAAACAAUAAUUACUGCUGCUCUUUGCAUGCCUUCCUUUUUUGGUUCUGGCAUGACAGAGCCUCAAAAGCAAAUUGGAGGGCCUGCAGUACCCGGGGAUUCUAAUAUCCACCAGCCAAUUGACCUCCACCUUGCUGUAUCAGCUGCGUCUGUAAUGGCAGGUGCUCUAGGUGGUCCUCAAGUUGGCUUGCAGUCUAGUCAAAAUACUCUGCAGGUUCCAGCUAGUGAUCCCCUCACUCUUCAUCUCGCCAAGAUGUCUAGGAGUCAGCUCGCUGAAAUUAUAUCUUCCCUUAAGUUAAUGGCUUACAGAGAAUAAGGAACAAGCUCGACGGCUGUUGCUUGCAAGGCCUCAGUUGUUAAAAGCUGUUUUCCAGGUUCUCCCCGUUUCACUUAUAUUGCAAAAUCUUUUGGCGUUCAUGAUUUUACUGUUUUAUCAGAGCUAGGAAGGAAUUGGUUGUUCCAUUUGCUUUUCUUUACAAAUGGGUGUUCUCAGCAGGCUGCUAUAGUUAUACGCUUGGAAUACUUUCACUUCGUAUCUGAAUUUCUGCAGCUGUUAGUUUUGGCUUUUCCCAUUUUCAUAAAUGUCACUAACUCCGGUAUCUAUGGCUCUUCCUGUAUGUUUUACGGUCUCCUUUUGACAAAAUUUCUCUUAGUAUGAUAUGAUUCUUGCACUACCUCUAGAAAAAAGCCUUCUGAACUUUUAGUCAGUUCCUGUUGCAGGCACAGAUAAUGCUUGGUACUGUGAGUCCCCAAGUGGUUCGUUUCAUUUACAGAUGCCGAAUAUUGUCCAGGCUCCGGAGCGUUUGGCAGGGUCUUUGGUUCAAGAGACACAAACAUCUGAUCAAGUGGCCGUUCAAAACCUCCUGGGUUUAAAUCCACUUGCACAAAGGUUACAGCCUUUGAAUCACCCUCCCGAUAGUCAGUUUUUUCUACCACAACAAUCUUCUAAACAACCCUUCCUUCAGAUUCCCCAACAUGGCACUCUGCUGCAACCAGCACAGCUGGGCCUUUUUGGAGAUCAGGUUCUUUCUUUGGCGAACCCUCCUGUGAGAUCCCAAAUUCAAGUGGCCAGUUCUUCUUUAAAUGAACCCGCUCCCUUCCAACGCCAAGCGGCUUCCGCUUCCACUAGCUUAGCUUAUAGUAAUCUGAUAGUUCUCCCGAAUAAUGCUACCCAAUCAUCUCUAUUACCUCGUCUGCCCUUGUCAAAUCCGUUGUCGCUGCAAGGGGAGCAAGCGGUAUCGUCUGGUUUUGGAAGCCAAACAAACAAUGACGGUUCUGCAGAAUUGAUAGGCAGAGCUUCAAAAAUGAUCAAAAUGGAAGAUGCCUCUAGUAAUGUGCUUGCCAAUCGAGUUUCAAGAAUAGAGCAAAUGCUACAUGGGGAGAAACAGGUGCCUCAGCCUCAGGCUUAUCUCUUUGGAGAUGAUCAGUCGGCAUUGCUUCAGCAAGUGAUGAACUUGACGCCAGGGCAGGUGAGUUUGCUUACACCGGAGCAGCGACAAGAGGUCAUGCAGCUGAAACAAGUCUUUGACCCAAAGUCUCAGCGCUAACCAGCCACUGAGACUCUCAAUUGAUUCACAGCUCUGAGGAGCUUUCCAGGUGAAUGGUAAAGUGAUUGUACAAUUAGUGUAACCAUUGAUCUGUUUGUAAACACAAGAAAAAGAGAACAGAUUUUAGAUCUACCAUACCACUGGUGUGGUGUCUCUCUGGAUAAACUGAAACAGUUGCAGUACCAUACCACUGCUCCAUAGAAGUUGUCCUGUUGACACUGCUUACCGCUUUUGUUUUUGAGCAUUGGCCUCAGGCUACUUCAGCGGAAAUUGUUUAUUGCGAUUUCAGUACUCACUAAUAAUAAGCACAUUAUUUUCUCCAAUA